GAGAGAGAGAUGGAAGGUGCGGCCCAGAUCCUCUUUACCAACGCUGGGCAGCUGCUGAGUGAGGAGUACCGGCAGCUUCGCGGCGUCAGUGGCGAGGUUGCUGAGCUGCGAGACGAUCUUGACACCAUGAAUGCCCUCCUCGUCAUGCAGUCCGAGGCCGAGGACGGCGCCGUCGACCACUUCGUCCGGGUUUGGAUGAAGCAGUUGCGCGAGCUCGCCUACGAUGCGGAGGACUGCAUCGACCAGUACCUGCUCCGCAUAAGGUGCCGCCCGGGCGACGGCGUGCGCGCCAGGUUCAAACACCUGUUCGAGACGCUCUUCUCGCGCCACCGCCUCGCCGGCGAAAUCAGCGCCCUCCACGACCGUGCCGUGGCCAUCAGCGAGCGCCACGCGCGGUACGGCGUCAAUCGCGACGCGCUGCGCCGCUCCCCUUCUUUAUCUGCCCCUCAGGUGCUGACGUCGUCCGCAUCCGCGCGUGCACUCCGGCCUGCCGAAGACCCUGCUGCUGACCACCACCAGCUCAUCGGCAUCGACGACCAGGCGGAAACCCUAGUCGAGCGGCUGAAGGCGCAGGCGGGCGGAGAGCGCGAGCGCAAGGUGUUCUCCAUAGUGGGCUUCGGGGGCCUCGGCAAGACUACGCUGGCCAUGGAGGUGUGCCGGCGGUUGGAGGCGGAGUUCCCGUGCCAGGCGAUGGUAUCGGUGUCUCAGGCGUUCGAGCCCAGCAGAGACCUCAAGGCGCUGCUCAAGCGCGUGCUUCAGCAGAUCGUCAAGCCCAAAUCAGACAACGAGAAAGGCAUCAAGGAAGAGGGGUCCCUCGGUGAAAUCGACGGCUUGGAUGCUGAUCAGCUAGCCCACCAGGUCAAGGAGAUUAUCAACGACAAAAGGUUCCUCAUUGUGGUCGAUGAUGUAUGGACCAUACGAUCAUGGGAGGCAAUCCAAUCCGUGUUGCCAAGGAACAAGUGUGACAGCAGAAUCAUCGUGACCACUAGGAUAAAGGGUGUGGCUAAAGCAUGCAGUUCUGGUAGUGUUAGCGGGUGUUACGUUCAUCAUAUGGAACCCCUCAAGCUGGAAGAUUCCAAAAAGUUGUUCCUCAGCAGAGCAUUUGGCUCCGAGAGUGCAUCUUACCCCGAUGAUCUCAAAUAUGUAAUGGACAGUAUUCUAAAGAAAUGUGGUGGGCUGCCAUUGGCCGUUGUUAGCAUUGCUAGUGUUCUGGUGGGCUAUAGAUCAUCGGGAAGCAAAGAUAAGUGGGAUACAAUAUGCAAAUCAAUUGGUUCUCAGAUGGAGAACAACCCUAGCCUUGAGGGGAUGAGGCAGAUAGUCGUACUUAGCUACAAUCACCUGCCGCAUCACCUCAAGGGUUGCAUGAUGUACUUUAGCAUCUUCCCAGAGGAUUAUGAGGUCGACAAAUAUCGGCUCUUGUGCAGAUGGAUAGUUGAAGGAUUGAUUUUGGAGAAGCGAGGCUUGACCCUAAUGGAGGUUGCAGAAUCCUACUUGGAUGAGCUGGUGAGUAGGAACAUGAUUGAGUUAAGAGUUGAUUUCACCUACUAUUGGAAGGUGGAGUCGUGUCGGGUGCACGAUAUGCUUCUUGAGGUCAUGGUGUCCAAGUCGCUGGAGUCUAACUUUGUCAGCCUGCUAGGAGGGAAGUAUGCAACCAUGUCCUAUGAUAGGAUUCGUCGCCUCUCCAUCCAGGGGGACGAUGACAGGAGGCACCGGAGAGUAGAGCAGACCAAGAAGAAGAUGGUAGUACGUGGCAUCGAGGGGAUAGAUGUGGAGCAUGUUCGAUCAUUGAGCAUGUUUCAUCACGGAGGGCAAAAGCUGCUAGAACACCUAGACAAGUUCACCCUGCUGAGGGUACUUGACCUGGAAGACUGUAAAGACGUAACAAAUGAUCAUAUGAUAUAUGUUUGCAGGUUGUACCUACUCAGGUUCUUGAGCUUGAAGGGUACACAUAUCAGCGAGGUGACUCCUCAAAUUGGAAAGCUAGAGCAUCUGCAAACGCUUGAUCUACGUGACACGAUAGUUCAUGGGCUACCAGAAACUAUGAAGAAGCUCUAUAAACUCGAGCGAGUGCAGAUCUCCCAUGGGUUAAGAGGUCCGGAGUUUAUGUGGAGGCUGCCCCUGGGGCUCAAGAAGAUGAAAGCGUUGCGUGAGGUGGGCUUUGCACUCCUCGGAAACAACAUCGAGGUUGCUCAAGAUGUGGGUGAACUAGAACAACUUGAAGAGAUAAGUGUCUACCUCGACAACGAAAAUAUCGAUUAUAACAAGGAGGUUCAUGAAGAGUUUGCCAAAUCCUUGAGUAAGUCAUACUCCAUCCGGCGCCUCAUCAUAGGAGACGUGGGUUUUAAGAAGGGAGGACUCAACUUUCUCCAUCGACUUCCCGCGCCGCCACAACUUCUCCGUUACCUUAUGAUCGCCGGUGGCAUCUAUGGGUUGCCGACGUGGGUCAGGUCACUCAGGUACCUUGUUCAGUUUAACAUGUCGUGGGGACACCUUGUUGGUGACCAGCUAUAUGAUGCCCUGUGUGAGUUGCCCAGCCUCAAGACCAUUGUCAUUGAGAACAUGUGCUACAUCCACGAUGAGCUGGUUGCACGCAGUAAUCACAGGUUUACAGAGCUCAGCAACCUGAGAGUGUCCUGUAACCAUAAAACGCCCACUGUUCUUCGGUUUGAGAAAGGAUCCAUGGCAAAGGUAGAGACCCUCCUGUUUAACUUCAGUACCUGUGACUACGAGAAGAAGAUUGUCGGCAUCGAGCACCUGACCAGCCUAAAAGAGGUACAUCUGUGGGGUGGCACGAACAACCCUGCACUAGGCCGUGCACUGGAGCAGCUCAAGGAGGAGAACACAAGGCGCCGCCUCGACUCCAUUAAUCAGUUUCAAAUUGUAGUGAAAGACUGGUGAUCAUUCUGUCGUUUUAUUUAUUUCUCCUUAACAUCGAAACAAAUUGUGUUUGUUUAAUUAUUGCUCUGUUUCCUUUUUUCACUUUUA